UUUCAGACGAUGAGGCAUCAAUAAUCAUUGGUGGUGAAGCUACACUGUGGGGUCCAAGUGUGGAUGAAACCAAUGUGAUCACUCUAGCAUGUGCUAUCAACUUUCAACCAUUAAACAAAAUGAUUUGGGUAGAAUUAGGUGGAAAUGAAUCAAGUGUAUUAUAUUGGGGAUUUUUGAGUUGA